GCCGGGGUCACCGGCGCUCAGACCUCUGCCCGAGCAGAAAAAAGUGGAGCAGGCGGUGGCUAUGCUGUGGGGCCGGUGGUGGCGUGUCGGGGCGCGGCUGCGCGGCUUGCGCGGCGGGCUCCAGGCCCCCGCCGAAAGCGGCCGGCGGGGCGUGGUCUCCUGCAUCGACCCUUCUACAGGACUAAACGAAGAGCAGAAAGAGUUCCAGAAAGUGGCCUUCGACUUUGCUGCCCGGGAGAUGGCGCCAAACAUGACGGAGUGGGACCAGAAGGAGCUGUUCCCAGUGGACGUGAUGCGGAAGGCAGCCCAGCUGGGCUUCGGGGGGAUUUACGUACGAACAGACGUAGGAGGGUCUGGACUGUCACGGCUCGACACCUCUGUCAUCUUUGAAGCCUUGGCCACAGGCUGCACCAGCACCACAGCCUACAUAAGCAUCCACAACAUGUGUGCCUGGAUGAUUGAUACCUUUGGAAGUGAGGAACAGAGGCACAGGUUUUGCCCUCCACUCUGUACCAUGGAGAAGUUUGCUUCCUACUGCCUCACUGAACCAGGCAGUGGGAGUGAUGCCGCCUCCCUCUUGACCUCCGCCAAGCGACGAGGAGAUCAUUACGUGCUCAGUGGCUCCAAGGCCUUCAUCAGUGGUGGAGGCGAAGCAGACAUCUAUGUGGUCAUGUGUCGAACAGGAGGACCAGGCCCCAAAGGCAUCUCGUGCAUAGUUGUUGAGAAGGGGACCCCUGGCCUCAGCUUUGGCAAGAAGGAGAGAAAGGUGGGGUGGAACUCACAGCCGACCCGAGCGGUGAUCUUUGAAGACUGUGCUGUCCCCGUGGCCAACAGGAUCGGGGACGAGGGCCAGGGCUUCCUCAUUGCCAUGAGAGGACUGAACGGGGGGAGGAUCAAUGUCGCGUCCUGCUCUCUGGGCGCUGCGUAUGCUUCGGUCAUCCUCACCCGAGACCACCUCAAGGUCCGGAAGCAGUUUGGAGAGCCCCUGGCCAGUAACCAGUACCUGCAGUUCAAACUGGCGGAUAUGGUGGCCAGGCUGGUGGCCUCGCGGCUGAUGAUCCGCCACGCAGCCGUGGCUCUGCAGGAGGGGCGUGAGGACGCGGUGGCCCUGUGCUCCAUGGCCAAGCUCUUCGCUACAGACGAAUGCUUUGCGAUCUGCAACCAGGCCCUGCAGAUGCACGGGGGCUACGGCUACCUGAAGGACUGCGCAGUCCAGCAGUACAUGCGGGACUCCAGGGUCCAUCAGAUCCUCGAAGGCAGCAACGAGGUGAUGCGGAUACUGAUCUCAAGAAGCCUGCUGCAGGAGUAGCCCCUGGACUGAGGCUCCGAUGGGAGGAUCAGUGUCGAGUGGUUCCAUGUGGACGGCGCUGUCACAGUGAGUCCAGGACGCUCUGGAGGGGCUGUGCUUGUCCAGGGCACCAUCACAGCGUCAGCUGGAGGGCGGCAGCUGGAGGGCGGCACCUGGAGGGCCGCACCUGGAGGGCGGCAGGAGCUGCCCUGGCUGGAACGUCACAAGAAGACGUGCCACCUUGUUUUCCUGACGCAGAGGGUGACCGGUGAACACUGACCACCAAACCGCUGUCCUUUCCUGGAUCCACAGUCUUGAUUUGUCUGCUUUUUGCUGGCUCACCAGAUCCCUCUUCUGGGAAUCUGGGUACUUCUGUUGAGGGUUUUUCCUGACUGUAAAGCAAAGGAGUGGGAAAGGAGAAAUGGAGAGAAAGUGUCUUCCUGUCUUUUUCUGUUCUUUGUGCCUCAGCUAAAGAUGCAGAAGGUUUCUGUGGGCUGCUCUUCCUUUGCAGCAACUCCUCCUCUGAAUGUAAAUCAUGAUGAAAUGAGUGUUUGGAAAUCCUUCUCCUAAGCUGUGAUUUAGGGCGUAUCUGCACUUCUGGACUAUCUGAAUAUCAAGGGCUGAGAUUAUUUGGAACUGUGAAUACUUGUUGUUUUAGAAGCAUGUGGUCUGGGAAUGGUAUUCAAAGUUCCUGUAACAUUUCCUUAUAAGUGCUUUGAGUAUAUUUUUUUUCUGAGUUUUUGCUUUUUUGCUCCUCUUUUUAAAUGUUUUUAAUCACUACAUUAAUAAAUAAAAUCUACCCCUCUCUGUA